GUCGAACAUCUUGGUUGCUACACAGCACAGCGGCUCUGAAACUUUUCACGUACCAACUUUUCUCUGGAAAACGAAGCGCGCGGGCGCGUGCACACACACACAAACACACGCGCGCGCGCGCUGAGGUGGAGAGAUUUCGUUCACAGGCUAACUGUGUAAAACUUGCGCGAUGUGUGCGUGAAGGACUGCAGAAGUUCUGCGCUGCGGGGAGAUGCGUGACGCUCGGGCUGUUCUCUGAGAAACUCCGCGCGCUGAAGAUUGAAGAACAUGAGUGGAUUUUCAGUUCGGCUUGCACGCGAGAACCCGCGAUCUGCGUCUGAUCAUAGUUAAGUUCAAGCAAACUUUGUCGGCGGAGUGAGACUCUAUUCCCAUCAUGGACUCAACAACCAGAACUGCUCCAGAGAAGAAGGAGUGCAAGAGUUCAGGCCUGGAUGCUAGCAGCUUUUCUGACCUUCCUAAGAAGCCCUCACCCACCACAAUGUCACGAGCGCCUCCUCUAUUCCCGACUUUCCACACACCAAUCCCAAUCGACAUGCGCCAUCAUGAGGGUAGAUACCAUUAUGAGCCAGACCCUCUUCAUGCCAUGCAUGGACCUGCUGGAUUACCUGGAAGUCCAGUGAUUUCUGAUAUCUCUUUAAUCCGGGUGUCUCCUCAUGCGGCAGCCAUGGGUGAGUCUCCAUUUAGCCCACCACAUCCCUACAUCAACCCUCACAUGGAGCCCUACCUACGCUCAGUCCAUAACAGCCCUGUGCUGUCCGUCAUCUCAGCGGCGCGAGGCCUCAGCCCAGCGGAUGUAACACAUGAGCAGCUGAAAGAAAGAGGUCUUUUUGGCCUUCCUCCUCCUCCUGGGACUAACCCAACUGACUACUAUCACCUAAUGGCUAAUCACCGCAGCCCUUAUGGAGAGCUGCUCAUGCAGACUAGUGCAGCAGCUGCUGCCACUGCCGUGCAUCUACCAGACUACAUCAGCCCCGUGGACAUGUCGAGGUUUCCAAGCCCCAGACUGACACCCAGGCCGAGCCGAAAGCGAGCACUGUCCAUCUCUCCUUUGUCAGAUGCCAGCAUUGACCUGCAGACAAUGAUCCGUACCUCUCCUAACUCUCUGGUGGCCUACAUCAAUAACUCACGCUCCAGCUCCAAUGCCAGUAGCUCUUAUGGCCAUCUUUCAGUUGGAGCUAUCAGUCCAUCGUUUACAUUCCCCCACCCCAUCACUCCUGUGGCAUACCAGCAGUUGCUCUCCCACCACCGAGGGCUUAGCGCGUUUGGCCACACACCUCCCCUAAUCCAACCCACUCCCUCCUUCAUCAACCGCCAGCAGCCCAUCGGAACUGUUGCAGCCCACAGCACCACCAGCACUAGCAGCACCAGCAGCAGCAACAACCCCAGCUCAGAAGCCAACCAGAAUGCAGGAGGAGACUCAGCAGUCAGCAGUACAGUCAAUCCCAUGACCACCAAGAGGUCAAAGGUGAAGACAGAAGUGGAUGGGACAUGCCCUAUCUCCCCUUGCUCUCAGGAGCAUGUGGAACUGAGAGAGGAGCUGGAUAAAGACGAGUGCAAGCAGGAGCCCGAGGCAGUGUAUGAGACCAAUUGCCACUGGGAGGGCUGCUCGAAAGAAUAUGACACACAGGAGCAGUUGGUGCAUCACAUCAAUAAUGACCAUAUCCACGGGGAGAAGAAGGAGUUUGUGUGUCGUUGGGAGGAAUGUUCACGAGAGCAGAAACCUUUUAAAGCCCAAUACAUGCUGGUAGUCCACAUGCGCCGGCACACUGGAGAAAAGCCUCACAAAUGCACAUUUGAAGGCUGCUCCAAAGCAUAUUCUCGACUUGAGAACCUGAAAACUCAUCUCAGGUCACAUACCGGAGAGAAGCCGUAUGUAUGCGAACAUGAAGGUUGCAACAAGGCCUUUUCUAAUGCCUCAGACCGAGCCAAGCACCAGAACCGAACACAUUCAAAUGAGAAACCAUAUGUUUGCAAGAUCCCAGGUUGUACAAAGCGUUACACAGACCCUAGUUCCCUCAGAAAGCAUGUGAAAACAGUUCAUGGUCCUGAAGCACACGUCACAAAGAAGCAACGUGGCGAUGCACCUACAAAACCCCAGCCACCUAAAGGGGGUGGGGAAAAUGAGGCCAACAGUAAGCAUGCUGAGAGAGGAUCAGAGGGUUCAACUGAAGCCAGCAGCACCAGCAAAGGUGUGGAGGAUGGCCUACAAGUCAAGUCCAUUAAAACUGAGAACACAAUGAUGUAUCAGUCCAGCCCUGGAGGUCAGUCAUCAUGUAGCAGUGAGCGCUCACCCCUUGGUAGCACCACCAACAAUGACAGUGGAGUAGAAAUGGCUAUACACAGUGGAGGCAGUUUGGGGGACCUGUGUGCUCUGGAUGAUCCACCUGUGGUAGACUCGACAGGUUCUCCAGGGACUUCAGCAGGAGUAGGUCUCCAGCUGCGCAAAAAUAGGGGGGUUGUUCUACAUCUUGAUCAUAUAAAGAAGGAGAAACUAAAGACGAUGAGAGACUCGUGCUCCUGGACAAACUCAACUCCUCAAGUCCGAAACACCAAGCUGCCUCCAAUACCAGCUGUUGGUUCUAUGCUGGAAAGUUCAAGUACAGGCUCUCAAAGUGUUGGCAUGCCUGGGCAGCGCUUCGGAGACUUACCCUUGUGUGAAAUGACAGUAUUGAAUCAGCUGAAGGAUCGUAGAGAUAGCACCACAAGCACUGUGAGCUCAGCCUACACGCUCAGCCGCAGAUCCUCAGGCAUCUCGCCCUGCUACUCCAGCCGGCGCUCCAGUGAAGCCUCGCAGUUUGGGGGACGCAACAACAACAUCAGCUCUGCAGACUCUUAUGAUCCCAUCUCUAUUGAUUUAUCACGACGAUCUAGUGAAGCCAGUCAGUGUGGUGGAAGUGCUUUGCCAAGCCUGCUAAGCCUAACCCCAGCUCAGCAUUAUCGUUUGAAGGCAAAAUAUGCAGCAGCCACAGGGGGUGCUCCACCUACACCCCUGCCCAACAUGGAUCGCAUGAGUCUUAGAACUAGGAUGGCCUUGUACAAUGAUUCUCAAGAGAACUCAGCUCAUUUAUUCCAAGCCCGGAAUAUACCCAUCUCAAGGCGCUGCAGUGAUAUGAGUUAUGGAGUCCAUGGUAUGAUGCCUCAUGAAAUCCCAAGUAAUAUGCCAAGGAGAGCCAGUGAUCCUGUUCGUCGGACAACUAUGGAUCCUCACUCCUUUCCCCGUGUUCAGCGCUACAAUAGCAUGAGCAGCAUGAAUCCCUCCCGGGUGACUCUAGGUGAUCAUCAUGGUGUUAACUUGCAAAAUAACACCUUUUCUGAUGGCAGCUUGCAUCGUCAUGCUUUCAACCAGAGGCCCCCAAGCAUCUCAGAAAAUGUUGUCAUAGAAAAUAUGGCCAUGGAUGAAGCUGACCAAACUGAAGAGGACAUAGUGCUUCCAGACGAUGUAGUGCAAUACCUCAGGUCCCAGCAUGCUGGCUCAACUCAGGAUGAUAUGGCCUACAAUGGUGGUCAGCCACAGGUUUUCAGAAGCAACCAGAACUCCCAGCAACACCAGCAGUUUUGUGGGCAACGACGCAUGGCCUUGGUUGAUGGUAACAUGAAUGACAUAGAGCAAAUAAUGCCCCCAUGCCAAAUCAGCCCAGGUUCCCAGCAGCCUUUCCCAGCCUCUGACAGUGUAAAUAAGAAUCACAUGCCUGUACAAUGGAAUGAAGUCAGCUCAGGUACAGUGGACAACUCAGCUAGAUUUCAGAAGCAACAGCAUCUAAGAGGCAACUUGGCUCUGGUCCAGCAAAAACAGAACAGUGGCCCUUAUCAAAGCUUUGGUUCAAAUCCGCAGUCUACACCAAUCAACCAGAAUUUGGCUGUUUCUAACCAGGGAUACUUACAAAGGAACUUUCAGAGGACAAACCCCAAUCAGUACUAUAGACAGUUAUAUGUUAAUCCCUGUCAGAACCUCAACGAGCAAACAAAGGUACACCCAGGUUAUAAACAGGAAAUGAACCAUAAUCUCUCAUCAGGAAACAUCUACCAUGGUCCAGUACGCAAUAGCAUGGCUUUGCAAAAUCAAGAAAUGCAAAGUUAUAAGUCUGGCUAUUCACGCCUGGAAAACCAGCAUAAUUAUAUUUCAUUGACCCAAACAGCACUUCAAAAUGGAGGCAGAGUUUUUCAGCCUAGGCCUCCACCUGAACCAAAACCUUCAAACGGGCAUCACACAGGUUCCGGUUUGCCCCAUCAAGCUGGUUAUUCUCUGUCCAGUACAAGCUCUGAUUUUAACACAUCUGAGGCUAGCCCAAAAAGACCUGCUGCAACUAUUCAUUCCUCCAGUGGAGAUAACACUGUGUGCUAUUCACGUGAUAAAAUUGUAAACAGCAACAUAGAUUAUAAUUCCCCAAUGUCUCCUUCUGCCAGUCAAACUAAAUAUACUACAGUAGCUACAAUGGCAUCCCCUGGAAUCAAUCAGGUUACCAGCACAGUGGAUUCUACUCAAACUGCUGAACAUGCUCAAAUAGACUUUGAUACCAUGUUAGAUGAUGGAGAUCAUUCCAGCCUGAUGUCUGGCACACUGAGCCCAGGACUCUUGCAGAGUCUUUCACAGAAUUCCUCACGACUCACUACUCCACGUAACUCUGUCACACUGGCCUCAGUGCCAGCAGGUAUCAGCAACAUGGCUAUUGGUGAUAUGAGCUCUAUGUUAACUGCCCUUGCAGAGGAAAGUAAAUUCCUAAACUUGAUGGUUUGAGGAUUAAUGCAUUGAAUACUGAGAAAGAUUUUUUAGCAACUUCUGUUUAGUGAUCUUUCUACUUUUUGUAUACAUUGUAUGACUGAUACUAUAGAUCAUCAGACACUUAUUUCCUAUUUGGAUCAAAAUAUGUACAUAUAAUUUUAAUAAGAUAAAAGCACUGAUAUAUUACGGUAAAAUUGACAGACAUUUGGGUCAGCAAUACCAAAUGCCUGCAGUUAAAUUGGAAUUGACUUGGAUAUGCAAUCAGCCACAAAGAAUUGCAGGUCUUAUGACAUAUAUCCAAAUCAGAAAGCCAUAUAUUUCACUUAUACCGAACCAUUUUCAAUCUGUCCAGGUUAAAGGUCUCAGGCCUCCUUAGGAUAAAUCUAAAUUUUCCUUCCUCAGCAGUACACUUAGUAGGGGUUCACUAAGUGCCUUCCAAAAAAAAAAAAAAAAAAGAUAAGAAAAAAAAAAAGAAAAAAAAAUCAACAUGCAAAAAGUAUUAACGUCUUGUUCAACUGUAUGUCAUCUUGUAUUUAGUUUCAGUGUUAGAUAUUUGUGUUUUAUUUCUUUUUUGUUAAUAGUUUCCAUAUGUUAUCUUCAUUAAAUUGUGAUAAUUAAUCACUAGCAGCACAAAUGAAUUAUUUUCUUCAAAUGACAGUAUUUGGCAGGAGCAUCCAAACUUUUCCUGUUAGACAGAAAAAUGCAGUCACGGGCCACAUUGAUUUUGUAAUAAUUAAAAUAAAUAAAUAUUAGGCCUACUUGAUUACGACCGCUACCACUGUCUUUGUUUAUAAGUAACUUACUCAAAAGGGGGAUUUUUUAGUAUUUUCUCCUAAAUGCAUUGCAACAUUGUGUAAAUAAAUAUUUUUACAUUUUCACUCACCAGUUAACUAUUCUAAAAGGAACAGUGAUGUACUGAAGAAUUGCUGUCAUGUCAGGUGUUUUUAGAUCUCAGCUGACCCUUUAUCAGCAUAAUUAAAGAAAAUAAAAGCUCACAUACAGUAUACAACAAACCGCCAUAACAUUACAACAUGUGGUGGAGUGCUCUGGUGUCUGGCACCAGGACAUCGGAAAGAGAUCCUUUGGGGCUUGGUGUUGUGGUGUCGGGCCUCCAUGGCUGAGACUUGUUUAUCCAGUGCAUCCCAUGGGUUCUCAAUCAGAUUGGGAUCUGGGGAGUUUGGAGGACAGGUUUAGGGCUUUAAGCUCUUUGCCUGUCGGGUCCCGUGCAUGGUCAGCCAUGGUGCACUGGGUGUUCUGGUGUCUUUUAAUCAUGCCCAGCAUUGCCUUUUUUAUCAGUUUGUGCUGCAUUGGCUUUUCUUUGGGAUCGGACCAGACAGGCUGGCCUUUCCUCCCCACAGGCAUAAACGAGCCUUGGGUGCACAUGAUCCUGUCACCAGUUUACUUGUAUAUAAUGGUAAUGUGUUAAUGUUAUGUGGCAUUAAUGUUUUGGAUGAUCAGUGUACUUGUGAAAACAAAAAAAAUAAACAGUUGAGCAGUGUUGGUGACAUCAUCGCUCUCAUCAGACAGUA